GCUCCCCCUCAGCUGCCAGUUGGUUGCGCUCAGCGGACAAUGCGGAGUCUCCCGGGCUGAGCGUGAGGCGGCGGAUUCCCGGGGUACGAGGAGUCAAUAAAUGAGACACACGAGUGCGGGGAAUACAAUGAAAUGCCGGAUUGUCGGAGAGACGGAGUUUCCGCCGCGCGACUCUAACAAAAGCAGCUCAGCCCACCCUGCUGCCUCCCGACCCGACCCCUGAGCGCCCGACCCGCCGGGGAUUGCAGGUCUAACAAUGGCUCUUUCUUCUUGGAUUUUCUUUCUUCUCGUCCAUGGAAUCGUCGGAGCGAGCAGGACCUGCUUCCCGGGGUGUCGGUGCAUCGUGGAUAACUUUGGCCUGUUCCACAGCUUCAGCUUGACCAAAGUCGAUUGCAGCGACGUCGGACCCCAUGUGGUCCCGGUCUCCAUUCCGCUGGAUACCUCGUAUCUGGAUCUCUCCUCCAACAGGCUAAAAACCAUCAAUGAAUCCGUGCUGUCCGGACCUGGAUAUACAACUUUGAUAAACCUUAACUUGAGCUACAACCAGAUCGUCAAGAUCUCCUACUCCACCUUCUCCAAACUGAGAUACCUGGAAUCUUUGGACCUUAGUCACAACCUUCUAGAAACCUUAGCCGAUGGCAGCUUUUUAUAUUCACGCCUCACAGAACUUGACUUGAGUUCCAACAAGCUCCAGAAGGUCGGUGUUGGUGCCUUCACUCUGAAAAGUCAAGGAAGAUCCAUGACCAUCAAUCUUGCAAACAACGAGAUCCAUUCCAUCUCCAGAGGAGCUGAGCGUCCUGUUCCGAACAUCCACAGCCUAAUGUUGUCUGGAAACCGGCUUCUCUCUGUGCCGGAUCUCCAUGGAAUCCCACUCCAUCAACUUGAUUUGGACAGGAACCCUCUUUCCAAGAUUGAGAAGGAGAGCUUUCUGGGGCUUGAAGGUCUCACACACUUAUCACUGAGCGACUUGCCAAACUUAAGAGAGGUCUCGCCUUACAGUUUCAAAAGUUUGACGUCUCUCUUGGAACUUGACUUGUCCAACAACCCCAAUCUAAAGUCUCUAAGUUCUGACAUGUUCUUUGGCUUGAACGCCUUGCAGGAGCUCGACUUGGCUUAUUCUGGUGUGGCCUACUUGCCAAAAGAUAUCAUGCUCCACCUGCCCUCCAUGAAGAGCAUUACUUGGGGGGAAAAUAUCCGUUGCUUGAAGACUGUGAAGGAAAGCAUAUUCCAUGCACAGAAAGGCAAAGUCCAAAAAGAAGUCUUACUUUGCCACGAUGACCAUGGUGCUGUGCCGGCACAAGACCUUUUGUAAGGCUUAAUAAUUGUGUACAUUACACUGCCCAAACACAGUGCCUUUUUAUAAGAACCUUUCCAGUAAUUUAUUUAUAAUUCUUCUACAGUGAUUUUCACUAGGAUUUGUAUCCAAUGUUGCUUACCAGAUCAGUAAAGUAAUAGUGGGGGUUGCGUUUUUGGGGGGGGGGGGAGUUUUGCUGCCCCGUAUUACAUUUGUACUUGGCCUAAUAUUCAAAAAUAACUUCUUGCCGAAAUAAAGGAAGUCGAAUUUUAUCA